GGCGGCCCCCGCGCGCCGCGGCUCCGGCGGCUGCCGCCUCAGCUCCUGUGCAGCGGCGGCGGCGGCGGCGGCGGUGGCGGCCGCGGCUUAGUCGGUGGCAGCGGCGGCUGCUGAGCGAGCGGCGAGUUUCCGAUUUAAAGCUUUGCUGCGAGGAAAAUGGCGGCGGGCGGUCCUAUUUUUGGUAUACAAACUGCGGUGGUCCAGGAAGAAGACCAGGCAGCAAGCUGCUGGGCCUGAGUUGCAUUUGUGUUCUGUGCCAAGAUUAAAAUAUUUGCUGAACAGUGGACCCAGAGACCAAUAAAAAUAAACUUCUACCUGAAUAUCAUUUGACUGGUUAGCCAGUUGCUGAUGAAUAUUCAAAAUGAGUGGACCAGGAGAGAACUCCUUGGAUCCUCGGGCUAGUGACUCGCGAAAGCGUAAGCUGCAGUGUGAUACCCCGGGACCAGGUCUCACAUGCACAGGUGAAAAGUGGAGACGAGAACAGGAGAGCAAAUAUAUUGAAGAACUGGCCGAACUGAUCUCUGCAAAUCUGAGUGAUAUUGACACAUUCAAUGUCAAGCCAGAUAAAUGCGCGAUUUUAAAGGAGACAGUAAGACAGAUUCGUCAGAUAAAAGAGCAAGGAAAAACGAUUUGCAACGAUGAUGAUGUUCAGAAAGCUGACGUGUCUUCGACAGGUCAGGGAGUGAUUGAUAAAGACUCUUUGGGCCCUCUGCUGCUUCAGGCAUUGGAUGGUUUCCUGUUUGUGGUGAAUAGAGAUGGAAACAUUGUGUUUGUGUCAGAAAAUGUUACCCAGUAUUUGCAGUAUAAGCAGGAGGACCUGGUUAACACAAGUGUCUACAGUAUCUUACAUGAAGAAGAUAGAAAGGAUUUUCUUAAGAACUUGCCAAAGUCUACAGUCAAUGGGGUUUCUUGGACGAAUGAGACCCAGAGACAAAAAAGUCAUACAUUCAAUUGCCGUAUGCUGAUGAAAACGUCGCAUGACCUUCUGGAUGAUCCGAACACCAGUCCUGACAUGCGCCAGAGAUAUGAAACCAUGCAAUGCUUUGCCCUGUCUCAGCCCCGGGCCAUGAUGGAGGAAGGGGAAGAUUUGCAGUCCUGCAUGAUCUGUGUGGCACGCCGCAUCACCACAGGAGAAAGAGCAUUUCCACCCAACCCUGAGAGCUUUAUUACUAGACAUGAUCUUUCAGGAAAAGUUGUCAAUAUAGAUACAAAUUCACUGAGGUCCUCCAUGAGGCCUGGCUUUGAAGAUACAAUUCGAAGGUGUAUCCAGAGAUUUUUUAGCCUUAAUGACGGGCAGCCGGGGACCCAGAAGCGUCAUUAUCAAGAAGCCUACAUCCACGGCCAUGCAGAAACACCAGUGUACCGGUUUUCCUUGGCUGAUGGCACCAUCGUGACUGCACAGACAAAGAGCAAGCUCUUCCGCAAUCCUGUAACUAACGACCGGCACGGCUUUGUGUCAACCCACUUCCUCCAGAGGGAACAGAAUGGGUAUAGGCCAACCCCAAGCUCUGUUGGACAGGCCGUUAGAGCUCCUGCCCCAGCUUGCAGUAGUUCUGUGGGUGGCAUGAACGUGUCAGCCAACCAAGGCCUACAGAUUCUGAAUAGCAGGACCUAUGGCGUGGCAGACCCCAGCACCACAGGGCAGAUGAGUGGAGCUAGGUAUGCGAGCUCCAGUAACAUGAGCUCGCUGACGCCUGGGCCGAGCAUGCAGUCACCAUCUUCGUACCAGAACAACAGCUAUGGACUCCACAUGAGCAGCCCCCCGCACGGGAGUCCUGGUCUGGGCUCCAGCCAGCAGAACAUCAUGAUUUCGCCUCGUCAUCGCGGUAGUCCAAAGAUGGCCUCGCAUCAGUUUUCUCCCGUUGCAGGUGUGCACUCUCCCAUGGGGUCUUCCAGCACCACCGGGAGCCACAGCUUUUCCAGCAGCUCUCUCAGCGCCCUGCAAGCCAUCAGUGAAGGCGUGGGCACUUCUCUUUUAUCAACUCUGUCUUCACCAGGCCCCAAAUUGGAUAACUCUCCAAAUAUGAAUAUAACCCAACCAAAUAAAGUAAACAGUCAGGAUUCCAAAAGUCCCCUUGGCUUGUACUGUGACCAGAACCCAGUGGAGAGUUCAGUGUGUCAGUCAAAUAGCAGAGAACACCUCAGUGACAGAGAAAGUAAGGAGAGCAGUGUGGAGGUGUCAGAGAAUCAGCGGGGCCCCUUAGAGAGCAAAGGUCAUAAAAAGUUGCUUCAACUACUCACCUGCUCCUCUGAUGACCGGGGGCAUUCUUCUCUGACCAAUUCCCCCCUUGACUCAAGUUCUAAAGACUCCUCCAUCAGCAUCACCAGCCCCUCUGGAGUAUCCUCCUCGACGUCAGGGGGCGUGUCCUCCACAUCCAAUCUGCACGGGUCGCUGUUGCAAGAGAAGCACCGGAUUUUGCACAAAUUGCUGCAGAAUGGGAACUCGCCAGCCGAAGUGGCCAAGAUUACUGCCGAGGCUACCGGCAAGGACACGAGCAGCGCGCUUUGCUGCGCAGAGGGAAGCAUUAAGCAGGAGCAGCUCAGUCCCAAGAGGAAGGAGAAUAAUGCACUGCUUAGGUAUCUGCUGGACAGGGAUGAGCCGAGCGAUGCCCUCGCCAAGGAACUGCAGCCCCAGGUGGACACGGCAGAGACUAAAAUGGGUCAGUGCAGCAGCGCCACCACUGCCAGCUCAAGCCAAGGGAAGGACACAAAAAUUAAAACAGAACCAAGCGAGGAGGGCUCUGGAGACUUGGAUAACCUGGAUGCUAUUCUUGGUGAUCUAACCAGUUCUGAAUUCUACAAUUCCAUGUCUACAAAUGGUAGUCAGCUGGGGACCAAGCAGCAGAUGUUUCAAGGAGCUAAUUCUUUGGGUUUGAGAAGCCCCCAGUCUGCACAGUCCGUUCGCCCUCCCUAUAACCGAGCAGUGUCUCUAGACAGCCCUGUUUCUGUUGGCUCAGGUCCUCCCGGAAAGAAUAUCAGUACUUUCCCUACGUUACCAAAGCAACCUGCGAUGGGUGGAAAUCCCAGGAUGGUGGACACCCAGGAAAAUUAUGGCUCAAAUAUGGGUGGACCAAACAGAAACAUGGCUGUGACUCAGACUCCUUCCUCGGGAGACUGGGGCUUGCCGAACCCAAAGGCCAGCCGAGUGGAACCCAUGGGCUCAGGUGCCAUGGGCAGACCAGCAGCAGAUUACAAUGGCUCUUUACCCAGACCUGCACUGGGAGGCUCUGUGCCCUCCUUGCCCCUGCGUUCUAACAGCAUCCCAGGUGCGAGACCAGUGAUGCAGCAGCAGCAACUUCCAAUGAGGCCUGGUGAGAUUCCUGUGGGAAUGGGGGUCAACCCCUAUGGCCAAGCAGCCCCAACUAACCAGUCAGGUUCCUGGCCGGAUGGCAUGCUGGCCAUGGAACAGGGCCCGCAUGGGACUCAAACCAGGAAUUCCCUGGAUGAUCUCCUUGGGCCUCCUCCUAACCUGGAAGGCCAGACUGAUGAAAGAGCCUUGCUGGAUCAGCUGCACACCCUCCUGAGCAACACGGACGCCACGGGCCUGGAGGAGAUCGACAGAGCGCUGGGCAUCCCCGAGCUGGUGAAUCAGGGACAAGCUCUGGAGCCCAAACAGGAUGCUUUCCAAGGCCAAGAAGCAGCAGUGAUGAUGGAUCAGAAGGCCGCGUUGUACGGGCAGACGUACCCUGCACAGGGGCCUCCGAUGCAGGGAGGCUUUAACCUUCAGGGGCAAUCACCACCUUUUAACUCGAUGAUGAAUCAGAUGAACCAGCAAGGCAACUUUGCUCUCCAGGGAAUGCACCCAAGGGCCAACAUCAUGAGGCCCCGGACCAGCACCCCCAAGCAGCUCCGGAUGCAGCUGCAGCAGAGGCUGCAGGGCCAGCAGUUUUUGAAUCAGAGUCGCCAGGCACUUGAAAUGAAAAUGGAAAACCCAGCUGCUGGCGGUGCUGCCGUGAUGAGGCCCAUGACGCAGCCCCAGGGUUUUCUUAAUGCUCAGAUGGCUGCCCAGCGCAGCCGAGAGCUCCUGAGUCAUCACUUCCGACAGCAGAGGGUAGCCAUGAUGAUGCAGCAGCAACCCCAGGCCUUCAGCCCGCCCCCCAACGUGACCGCCUCCCCCAGCAUGGAUGGCAUUUUGGCAGGAUCUGCGAUGCCACAAGCACCGCCACAGCAGUUUCCAUAUCCACCAAAUUAUGGAAUGGGACAACAGCCGGACCCAGCCUUCGCAAGAGUGUCCAGUCCUCCGGAUGCAGUGAUGUCACCAAGAAUGGGUCCUUCCCAGAAUCCCAUGAUGCAGCACCCUCAGACUGCACCCAUGUAUCAGUCCUCAGAAAUGAAGGGCUGGCCAUCAGGAAACCUGGCCAGGAACAGCUCCUUCGCCCAGCAGCAGUUUGCCCACCAGGGAAAUCCUGCAGCGUAUGGCAUGAUGCACAUGAAUGGCAGCAGUGGUCACUUGGGACAGAUGACCAUGCACCCCAUGCCCAUGUCCGGCAUGCCCAUGGGUCCUGAUCAGAAAUAUUGCUGACGUCUGUGGACCAGGUCCUCUGAGAUCACCGUCAGGUGACCCUGUGCAGGGACCGUCGGGCGGGAGAGUCGUUUGGAGUGUCCCAUGUGGUUUCCGUCCAGGGUGUUGCAAGCGAUGACGUCCGAGCCAAAUGGACUUCUAAGCUGCAGCGCAGUGUCUGCCUGUCUCCUGGUGUCCAGAGGACGAGCAUUUCUGGUGUCACUCCUCCCAGGGAUGCGACUCUGGAGAUACGAGGUGUCACUGAUCGCAAAACUCCCUUGUGUCACUUCUUUCUGCCUUGAUAGCCAAAGUCUUUCAGAUCAGUGUAGGUGGCCAGAG